AUGUCACUACAAACAAAAGUUCAGAACAAAUUGACCAUCAGAGACUCAAGUUUCCCUAAGGAAUGGCUUAUACCAGAAUCUGAAUUACCAAAAACAACAAAUGUUAUCAAAUUCAUUGAAAAUUCCAAUUAUUUGACCCCUGAAGAAUUAGAAAUCACUGGGUCUUCAGCUUUGCAAUUAUUAGAUGCCAUAAAGGAUCAUAAAUACACUUCAUUAACAAUCACUAAGGCAUUUGCUCAUAGAGCCACUAUAGCUCAUCAAUUAACAAAUUGUUUAACUGAAGUCUUCUUCACUGAAGCGUUUAAACAAGCCCAGGAGUUAGAUGAUUAUUACAAAACUACUGGUGAACUGAAAGGUCCAUUACACGGAUUACCAAUCUCCCUCAAGGAUGAAUUCAAUAUCAUAGGUCAAUUUUCAACAAUUGGUUUAGUUGAUUAUAUUGAUCAUGAUAAAUUAUCAAAAGAUUCACCAAAUGUUGCAAUAUUAAGACAAGCAGGUGCUAUAUUCUACGUCAAGACAAAUAUCCCAACUGGUGUGUUCAACAACAUCACCGCAAAUUCAAUCUUUGGUAAAACAGUCUCCCCCUUUAAUACAAAUUUAAUAAGUGGUGGUUCUUCAGGUGGUGAAGCUUCUCUUGUUGCACUUAGAGGGUCCCCAUUAGGUAUUGGUUCAGAUAUGGGUGGUUCUGUUAGACAACCAGCUUCUUUACAAAAUUUAUUUGGGUUUAAACCAUCAAGUCAAAGAACUCCUCAUGAUACUACUUCAAUUGUUGAAGGGUUGGAAGCUAUCCUGGCGACAAAUGGUGUCCUAAGUACAAAUUUCCAUGGAUUAGAAUUAUAUAUCAAGACUAUUGUUGAUUCUAAAAGUUGGUUAAGAAAUUCAAGAGUUGUUCCAAUCCCAUGGACACCUAUUGAUCUUUCUUCUCAAAAGUUGAGGUUUGGAUUAUUAUUAGAUGAUGGUGUUAUUAAACCUUCAAAACCUGUUAAAAGAGCCCUUGAAAAAGUUCGUGAAUCAUUAAUAAAUCAAGGUUAUGAAGUUAUAGAAUGGCAGAAGGCAGACCUAAUCCAAUCCAUAGCAAAAUUCUCAUCAUUCAUGAUGUCAAAUGGUUGUAAACCCUUACUACAAGCCCUUGAAUCAGGAAAAGAACCUACUCCAGAUUUCCUCAAGACAUUUGAAGAUUUACCAAGUUCAAAAUUAAUGGACUUACAAUAUGAACGUUAUCAAAAUUGUAAUCAAUUUUGGGAAGAAUGGGAAAAAUUAGGUCUUGAUGGAUUAAUAUCACCAGUUAGUCCAAUUGCUGGGGCACCAUUUGAUGGAUUUAUUGAUUUUGGUUAUUCUCCAUUAGCUAAUAUUUUGGAUACACCAGCUGGUACUUUCCCUGUAUUGGAAGUUGAUCAAGAAUUGGAUCGCCAGGGGGUUGAAGGUAUUGAAUUGAGGAAUGAUAUGGAGAAAGCUGUUCAUCAAGGUUAUGAUGUUGAAAAAAUUGAUGGUUGUGUUGUUGGAUUACAAAUUUUGGGUAGGAAAUUACAAGAAGAAAAAACAUUGGAAUUGAUAAAGAUUGUUUCUACCAAAAUUGGGACUUUUGAUUAUUGGAAGAAAUAA